UCGAUUCGAUUCAUCAUAAUAGUCGAAUGAAUCAUUCGAAUCGAAUCAAUCGAAUUCAAUUUCGCUUUUCAAUGACAAUUCUGAGCGGUAUUCAAAGGACUUAACUAAAGGAUCCGGCGACAAACCUCGCCCUGCGCGUUUUGUCAUUGCGAAAAGCUCUUUCACCACCGCCGCCACCAAACCCUCCGAUCAGUGUUUGUGCGGUGUGAAGGGUAUCAUCAUCUUAUUUGUUGUGCUACAAGUCUAGCUAGCUAGCUAGUCCCUUUUUGUUUGUCGUUGUCCUCCCAUUAGCUAUAACCACAACAAUCACCAUGGCAGAGCGGUCUCUGAAUGCGUCGAACAUGUCCAUUUCGGUGGCGACAUCUGUAUCUCAAAAGGACCGGUCCAUGUUCAUGUCUCCCACUAGCAUUGGUUCCUUGGGUUCCCCAUCGGCAGCUGCCAUGACAUCUCCGGAAAUGGAUCUGCAUUGGGAUGCACAAACGAUUCGAAAUGAGUUGCAUACGGCCAGCAUUGUCUUGUCGCAGAGGUGUCUCAAGCUAGCCGCCAAAUGGGCCACGGAGCAAUUGUUGGGGUUGCCCUACGACAGUACUACUACUACAGGUGCUACCAGUAAUCCCAAAAUGGAAGAGGACAGCAAUAGCCACAGCAACAACUCACUGAUCAAGGAAGCUCUGCAAGAAAUGGAUCCCUUUGUCUUGCAUGCCAAGUCACUGAUGGAAUUGGGAGAGUAUAUGCAUGCUGCUGCAAUGUUGUCUCGACCCAAUCAAAUUGUUACCACCAUGGCAGCGCCUUUACCCGAAUUGUCAUCGUAUGGCAUUUUUCUGAGAGCCUAUGCCUUGUUCAUGGCGGGAGAACGGCGUAAAGAAGAAGAUUAUGUGGAAUUGCAGAGCGAUGCACAAAAACAUUCUUUUGUACGCAAUCCUUACCUAUCACAACUGUGUCAAGAACUCAAUGAGGCCUAUCAGAAACAAAAAUUAGACGCCUUUGGUCUGUAUGUCUACGGGAUGGUGCUGAAAGAAGCACAAGCCGCUCGAUUGCCACUCAAAGCCGACGACCCUCCGGCACACCAAAUUUUGAUGGAAUCCGUCUUGCAAUUUCCUUGUAAUUGGAGUGCGUGGCUCGAUCUUGCCGCCGUGAGCUUGAAAAAUUCGCAGGUUGAACAAUCCUUGGAACAACGACUUCUCCCCGAAUUGGGAGGUCACUACAUGUACCAUUUCUUUUGUGCGCAUUUAAUGUCGGCUCACCAGGCACACGAAGAUGCACUGGUGCUCUACGACCGUCUCAUGGAACCACAGCAGGGAUCACCUCUCUUUCAAUCGCCCUAUCUCGUCAGUCAAUUGGGAGUACAGCAUUACCAUUUGCGACAAUUUGGACCCGCCCGAGGAUGCUUUCAACAAUUACACGCCAAAGAUCCCUUUCGCAUGGAAGAUUUAGACGUCUAUUCGAAUGUCUUGUAUGUGGAAGAAGAUCGUGUCGUCUUGUCGCAAUUGGCACAUACGGCCGUCAAAGUCGACAAGUAUCGACCCGAAACUUGCUGCAUUGUGGGAAACUACUACUCUUUGAAACAAAUGCGCCAAAAAGCCGUCGUCUACUUUCAACGGGCGCUCAAGUUAGACAAGCAUUACAUGAGUGCCUGGACGCUGAUGGGACACGAAUAUGUCGAGUUGAAAAAUACAGCCGCCGCAAUGGAGGCCUAUCGACGAGCGGUGGAACUGGCACCACACGAUUACAGAGCUUGGUAUGGUUUGGGUCAAACGUACGAAUUCCUCAACAUGCCUCUGUAUGCUCUCUACUAUUAUCGCAAAGCUGUGACAUUGAGGCCUUUUGAUGCCCGCAUGUGGUGUGCCAUGGGAUUGUGUUUUCUGGCUCUGAAUCGGACCAGUGAUGCUAUUCGCUGCUACGAACGGGCUAUCAACCAGGGAGAUGCAGAAGGGAUUGCGACACAGAAACUGGCAGCACUCUACCGACAACAAGGGGAUAACGAGAAGGCGGCACAGUGCUACAUGCGACACUUGGAACUGCGAUAUUUGAUCACCAAUCCUCAUGCUCAGGCUCCUGGAUCCAACAAUCAUGACUUGUCUUUGGAUUCGAUAGUGCAAGAGGUUGUCAUGGAAGCACCCGAAGCAGAGGCAAUGCUCUAUUUGGCAAACUACCACAAACAGCAUGGAGAAUACAACACGGCUGCCCUGUUUUGUUCGCGGUUGUUGGAAUACCCGGGGCCCGAAAAAGAAGAAGCAAAGGCAUACUUGCGCGAAUUACGGUCUCGCAAGAAUCAUGCCCAACAGAACCAACAACCAGCAAGACGGAUGCACACACGAAGCAAGGGGCCGCCCAUCCCGGCAUGGCCCAUGGAUGAAGACGACAACGAAAAGAAAGAUAGCUCAUUUGAGUUCUCACCAUAGCAUAACAAAUAGCUAGAGAGGAAACAAUUCUUACUGCUC